AUGGAACCCAUAGCACAAACACUAAAGUGUCCUGUCUGCGCAGACCUGCUCACAGACCCAGUAACGCUUCCCUGCGGACACGACUUCUGCCAGACCUGCAUUCGCAUCGUCUGGAACGUGAAUGGCUCUGAUGCGGGUUCAGGAGGACCUCUCUUCUGUCCAGAAUGUCAGAUCUUUCUUCCAUCUAAUCUAAAGCUCGAAAUCAACACAGAUCUUCAGCGAAAGGUGCAGCAUGCGAGUACCUAUGAGCCCAGGAAGGAAGAGGCACCUCGGACAGCACCAUCGCCCAUCAUGUGUGAUCACUGUAUUGAUAGAUCUUCCGUGGCCGUGAAAAGCUGCUUAAGAUGUGACGCGUCCCUAUGUUCAGCUCACACUCUUCUUCACCAGCAGAGGGCGCACUUGAGGGGUCAUACACUAAUUGAAGUGGCCGAGGACCUCCUUUCUUACAAGUGCCGAGAGCAUGGUGAAGACCUGAAGCUGUUCUGCCAGGAAGACCAGGCGGUGGUGUGCGCUCUCUGUGUGGUGGCUGGAGCACAUCACACUCACCAGGUGGUGCAGGUGCAAGGAGCCUGCUCACACUUCAAGGUCACAACAAAGCAGGCUUCCCAAUGGUCGAGCUGUAUUUUGCAUAUCCCUUCAGACCUCAGAGCAAUACAUUUUGACGCAGAGACGGCACACCCUAAGCUGGAGGUCUCAUCGGACAUGCUGGAGGUGCGCUGGAGCAAGCAGGCCAGCCAGGAGAAGGGGGAUGGAGAGCACAUUUCUGCUGAGUACAACGUCCUGGCCAGGGAGUCCUUCUCCAGCGGCGCUCCCUACUGGGAGGUAGUUAUCUGGGAAAAGCCGUACUGGCUUAUUGGUCUGUCAUAUGGGCCCAGUACCACGUCAGCGGAGACAGAUGCGGUUAUGUCCAGGAGCUCCUCGUAUGAGGCUUUCUGCUAUAUCUAUCAUGGAAAUGGAAAAUAUCUCGUAGGCAACGGUUCUGAAGAGACACUGUUGCCAGUAAGAAAACGGAUUAAAAAACUUGGGGUGUGGGUAAACUUCCAAAGAGGAACAGUGUCUUUCCAUGAUGCUGACACACUGACAUUACUCCAUUCAUUCUCGGUAGAAUUCCUGGGGCCCGUCUAUCCUGUCUUCAACCCUUGCAUGGCUGUCGAUGAGCAGAACACACAGCCUCUUGUCUUAUUCUACCUUGAAGACCAAAAGGAAGGCAGGUUGCAGUAG